ACCUAUAAUUUGUGCUCCGCGACGAUCUGCGUGAAAUUGAUCGUGCACGAACACCACUUGUUAUCUUCCCAAUCUUUUCAAGGUCAAGGAGCUUCCCAUACGCCUGCCUAAAUCAUCGACUGCUGCAGUACCAGGGUCAUACACAAUGGCGAACCAGUCUCCUUCCGUUCUGGUCAUUCUCUGCCUCAUCCUGGCGGCCCUCCUCGGCUCAGCACGCGCCCAGGCUCCCGACCUUGCGCCCGCUGAGGCCGUUGCCUCCCCAGUAGAUGCCCCUGUGGCAGCUCCAGUAGCCGCUCCCACCGAGGCACCAGCUGCAGCACCAGCUACCGAGGUGCCAGCAGCAGCCCCCACAGAAGCCCCUGCCGCAGCUCCCACAGCCGAGGCUCCAGCCGCCGAAGCACCAGCCGCCGAAGCACCAGCAGCAGAAGCACCAGCAACUGAGGCUCCUGUUGCUUCAGAGGCAUCCCCCGCCGCAUCGCCUGCCGAGGCCCCUGCUCCAUCUGUCAGCGGUGUUGCCGGACUUGCCGCCAGAACCGGCCCCCCAGCAAACUGCGUGGCCGAGGCGAUGUCCCUGACCGGCAACAACGCGCCGUGCGCGUCGCUCAUCAGCUCUUACCGCAGCAUCCUCGACUCAAACCCCUCCACCGAUGACGAGUCCAUCAAGGCUGCAGUCGCGUCAGCACCCGUCCCCAGCUCACAGUGCUGCGCGGCUGUCAGGGUCUUCAUUGAGGAUGGCUGCUCUUGCAGCCAGCAGCUGCUGGGACUGCUGCCCAUGGUUGGCAUCUCAACUGCACAGAUUGAGUUCGCUGUCAAGGCGACUCAGUACUCAUCAUGCGCCAACUCUGACAACGGUGGGUGGAUCAACAACCCCUGCACUGACAGCUCGAGCUCCUCCAGCAGCAGCAGUACCGGCACCAACACUGCCGGCCGCCGCCUGCUCAUGGUUUGAUUUUGAAACUGACAGAAGACAGCAGAGGCAAGAAAUUCACCCUAGAUUGGGUAGGCUCAUUUCAGGCUAGAUACAGAGCUCAAGCAAGCCUUCCAGAGUAGUCAGUGCGUAGAGUAGUCAGGGCCAGAGGAUACCUUGUCGAUGCAGCAAGCUUUGCAUAUUUGCAAGGACGGCAAUGCAGAAUGGCUUAUGCAGCAGUGUGCAUUGUUUGUGCACUGCUGGAUGCAGCCUGACACCAGAAUGCUUGCAAGAGCAUAAAUAGACCAGAAGGAACAGGUGAACACUGGCCCAUGUGACCCAUGUGACAUUAGGGCCGGGCAAAAACCUUCAAGAACCCAUUGGAAUUUUUCAAGGAAAUUGACUUGUCUUGCGAACUCUUAAAUGAAUGCUGCUGAGUGUGUAUUUGCUUGCGCAAGAUGGAAUUUUGGCGCAGUGUUAAUCAACCCUAGUAGUACAGUAGGCAGUGUGCAUGAUGGCACCACCAAAUGAUUACACUUGCUAAUAAUUUGAUGUAGAUUUGUACCUUAGUAUCACUUGGGCUGAAGCAAUCCAGCUGUGUGUAAACCUCCAGUUGUCUGUU